GUCGCUGUCCGGUGGAGCCAGUCACAGCCUGGGGUCUAAACUUGGAUAGGGAGGGUCUUCAGUCAGCUGUCGUGUACCGCCGAGCACUUUCUGGACUUUGUCGACCGGUAAAUCACAUAUAAACCAGUGGAAAGAGCUUACAUCGUCAGUAAACUUCUAGAACUCCUACAUGAGCGCAGUAUUACGCGUAAACUUGGGUGCGUAAUUACGCGCCUAGAGACUUUUUUUCAAACUGCGCUCUUUUUGAUAAUAGAUUAAUUUCGGACUUCUGACAGGAACGCGACGUUUUGAACAAGAAAAGUUCUCUAGAGUCACUGUUUUCCUAGUUUCACCAUGGCAGAAGGGGAUUACUACACUAUGGGCAACCGACAGAGGAUUCCAAGGGAUCCGUUUGGUGAACAGUCGCUCGCUUCUCGAUUUAUGGACGAUGACUUUGGACUGCCACCUUUUCACGACGAGUUAUCUAUGGACUGGCCCGGCUGGGCACGACCUCGACUGAGCACCCGCCUUGACGCGCCGUGGACGGGCCCGUUGAGCACGGGCUUCCCGCGGGGCUUCAGCGCCAGAUACAGCGAGGGUCCGCGCCGAUCCAGCGCUCCCCUGACCAACCCAGACGAGCCGUGGAAAGUGUGCGUGAACGUGCACAGCUUCAGACCUGAGGAGCUUAAUGUCAAAACUAAAGACGGUUUUGUAGAGGUGUCAGGGAAGCAUGAGGAAAAGCAAGACGAGGGCGGAAUUGUUACCAAAAACUUCACGAAGAAAAUUCAAAUCCCAUCCGAUGUGGACCCUCUCACUGUGUUUGCCUCUCUGUCUCCGGAAGGGGUUCUCAUCAUUGAAGCCCGGCAGACCCCUCCGUACUACCUCUACAGCAACGAAAUGCCCGCAGAACCCAUGGAAGAACCCGAGGCCAGACCUCAGGAACCCAGUAUGGCUUCAGCCGAAGUCUUUGCAGCCAGGGAGUGAAUGUGAGCUUACAUGCCCUUGGUAUUUGUUCCAAGCCAGUGCCAAAACCUAGUUUUAUCAGUUUCAUAAAUUUACUUAAAUCAAAAGUCAUUAAUCUGCUAGUGAGUAGUCCAUAAAUCAAGUGUUACUCUACAUGGUACAUGGUUGGAUCAAAUACCAGCAGCUUUCAGUUACUACGUCAGAGAAGAAAAAUGAACGUGAUAGAGCUACCAGUCAAGUAACAAGGGAAAGG